GAGACUGCGUCUCGUGCCUUCUCUUCUUCUACUUGUCCGGUACAAGCAAUUCAAUUAACUUGCAACAUGCUGGGAAACCCACACCACCACCACGCACCAGACGUCUCCAGCCCUGUCCUCCACUAUACAAAUGCAGUGCAACGGAAUGACCUCCAGACUCUCGCCGCAACUACCAUGAGCGAUCAGCACGCUUCGGACCCCCGAACUAUAUCACUCCUGGGCCUCCAGCGUCCCAGAACCUCAGAGGGUCGUGACAGACGUCCGAAUCUGCGGAUAGCCAUACCCCCGAUGGACGACCUGCCACUGCCCCCCGUGAUUCACGACGGCGGUUAUGAAUCCGACGGAAGUAACCUAAUCGGCAUCGCACUGGGAAGCCCCCGCCUCGUCCAUCGAAGAAACGGCGCCCAGGCAGAACAACCACACCACAAAAACGAAAAGCGUCGCUACCACCCCGCCCUCGAAAAACCCAAACGCCCCCUACAGCGCAAACCCAGCAAAUGGCGCAAAAUCGGCGGCCUAUUCAAGCACAAGAACGCCGCCCCAAACCAGGUUCGCAACCACAAGCACAAGCCCCCGGGAUGCGGAGGCGAGCCCGACUCAGGCGUCGAGGACAAGGAGAACGCAAAUGCAAGCACGAGCGCGAACGCAAAGUCGGCAGCCAGGAAUGCUGAUGCGUCUAAGGGAGACGAUUCGGCGCCUAUGCUAGAAGUUGACAUUCCGGAUGCGCAGAUGGAGAGGUAUAGUGUUAUGUUUGGGGGGUUGUUUGGGCAGGGGAAGCCGGGGCUUUUGUCGAGGAGGAGUAAGACUAUGGAUGAGGUUAUUGCGUCGUCUAGGAUAAAUGGAUCUCCAGAACCCCAACGACCUAGACGAGCUACCUCCCCAACACGAUCCAGAACACCAAGUUUCUCCCUCUUCCCGACAACGCAAGUUAACAAAGCAUCCAAGGUCCUGGGCACAUCCAACAUUCCCCGCGGGCCAAGUCCACUAGCCAGGAGCCAGACCCUACCAACAGGCCAAGAGCAAGAAUCCCUCUUAAACGCUUACAGCCCCUUACCAUCUCCAAUGUCAUUCAAAUCACGAACCUCCGAAGUCUCAUCCAACAUCGCAUCCAACGGCCCAGAAAAGAGAGUCGAUAUUAACAUCGGCAAAGACACUAUCUUCAAAGACACCAACCCCUUCUCAAACAACGACAACAAUCAAAAACCGCCAAAAGCCCUUUCAAUCAACACAGACCUGGAACCCCAAUCCCCCAACACCCACAACGCCUCCACAGCAUCAUCCCCCGUCCUCUCCCCGCUCGACGCAACCCGCGACAAAAUUAACAGCAUUCUCUCCCCAGCAACAACACCAAACGAAACCGAAAACGAAAACAAAAACGACACCAAAGCCGAAACUCAAGACCCCGAGCCCGAAAACGACACCGAAAACCUCCCCAAAAUCGAAAUCUCAGUCGCGCGAUCCGUCUCCGUCUCCAAGAGCAAAAAGAAACAAGUCCUCGUUCCCAUUAGGCCCAGAAAUGACCAUUUGACGCCUAAUAGUCUUGGGACUGGGGAGAGGAGGGGGAAGACGCCGCAGGUUAUGGAUGGUUAUUUUGGGCAUCGGCCGGGGACGUCGCAGGAUGUGAGGAUUGAGAGUGUUUUGAGUGCUUGAGUUGAAUUAUUGCUUGCGUGUGUAGGACUGGGCUAGCUUAUUUUUGUUUUAUAUCAUACCCUGUUGUGUUGUUUAUUUUUUGCUCUUUUUUUCAGUUUGGAUAUUCUCUUUUGACUUUUGAUGGUAGAGCCAUCAUUUUCUGUCUUUCAAUUUUUCAUUUGUCUUUUCUUUCUUCCUCCAAGUCUAGAUAUAUAUUUUGAGCUUCGUCGGAAUUCAAUAUAUAUUUAUCGAGCCGACACUACCAUUAGAACUUAA